AAAACAAUCAACAUAUUUCUAUUAUUUCGGUUUCAAAUAUAACAAAAAUGUAUAAAUGCCGUCCCACCGGCGAGUGGAUGAGCUAUGAUGCUAAUACACGAACACCAAAAUCAGUUACACAUGAAAUGCUUGAGGCCGGACGAAAAGCGACAUCAAACAUACGCAUCAUCGCCAGGAAACAACUCAACUUUCAAUCCUAUCCCAUGAACGACUUCCGCUUUGAUUUGCUGCACUUCGAUAAGCCUAAGGAAUUUCAGAGUGUUUCAACCUACAAACGUGACUAUGUUGAACCAUUACCAUCGAAGUGCAAGCCGAAAAACGUACAUGAUGUAGAAUCACCGGAUCCACUUUUCAAUCGUAGAACAGUGAACGAUUUUGAAAUGGUGCCUUGGGUGGAUACAAAGUUUAUGGACGAUAAAGUUUUUAAUAUCUCAGAGUCACGAAGAAAAAUCAACUUCUUUAGGCAAUUGCGGAAUCGGAGCUUCCAAUUUUAAUAAAUUUGCAAUAAAUUGGAAUGAAAAUGGAGACAAGCUGUUGAUAUGAUAAUGCAUACACAUUGUUGGCAUAUACACAAACAAAUUUAUAUUGAUUGAAUGAAGUUAAUAAAUCACCUUUGUUUACAUACCAGUUAUAUCUA